AAACCCCUCCACCACAUUGCUGCGUGUGUGAUGAUGGCAAUAAACACGAGCCCGAGGCUGGAAACAAUAUGUUCCCACAGGUUUUCUUCAAUUUAUACCUGAAAAUUUUCAAUCUUGAUACCAACCACAAGAAAUUUCAACUGGUUUAUAACAGCCCAGAGGACUUAAUACUCAUUUCCGAUCUCCUGCAAUCAACAGGUUUCUUUGAGGGUAGCCAUGGCUGCAAUGCCAAACAGGGGAGCAACAGUUUCUGUAACCCGAACUUCUCCCUGCUCUUGUUAUUGCUCCAAUGCACAAUCUGGAACUUCUGCUGUGUUUUCUGCUCAGAUUGGCAAGAAAUUUCAGGGCCCAGCUUUGUUAACUUGCUGCGCAAAGAAAAACAGAACAGGAAGGAAAAAAAUGGAGGAUAUGUCAGCAUUGUAUUCAGGAUCGUUUGGAGAUAAGAGAAGGGGCAAAGUGCUGAAGGCUCUGUCUAAGGAUCUUUCUGCCAUGUCUGAUACGCUACACCAACACCAUUUUUGUGCAGGGGAGAUUGACAAAUCAGUUGUGGAUCAAGUCAGACGGCAGAUUCUGGAGGGAGCUGUAGAUGUGCUGAAGACACAGUUGGAGCAGAGGCAAGAAGGGAGUACAGAGAGCGCAGGCAGCAAUUGAAAAUGAAGAAGAAGAAAGAGGCAUGAAAGGCCAUAUAGUGUUGAUUCAUCCAUGGAUAGUUUUAUCAGACAUUUAGAAAUUUGUGUAUAGUUUAUGGUUCACAGUUCAGCUGGUAGUGGCUUGAACUUUACAGGUGAAUUGAUUUGAUUAGGGGAAGUUGAUUUGGCUGCAUAUACCUACUUUGUUAUGACUGUAAAUAAUGCAAGGAUCGGUACUCUCUGUUUUAUAUAUGGGUAAACAAACUAUUCAGUUGCAAUUU